AUGUCUCAUUACUCCAUUUCCACCGAAGCUGCUCGAAUUCUGAAUGAAGUUCUCCUUCAGGAUUCCAGGUUACAACUUCCAGACUCUUUCAUUAAAGCCGCCGAGAAAGUCAAGUUUGUAGGAGAAGAUGACCAACCGUUCAUCCUCACACCUCUCAAGAUCACGGAGUCGAGCGCAGCCCUCAAUGCACUCGUAGCUACAGCUGCAAAUGUAGUCGCAGCCGAGCGCUACGGCAUCAAUUACCAGAAUGUUGAAAUCAACACGGAUCUUGCAAUCCUCUUCCUUGAAUCAGUGCUACUACCCACCAUUGGAGGCAAGAACUUUAUGCAGAGCAGCAGAAUGCUUGCAGAGCUUGCCAAAAUGGAUCUCCAUCAGAUGAGCAAGCCAAUCAGGCGGUAUGCGACAAAUGUUUAUCGCACCAAGGAUGGAAGAUGGUAUCAUCUGCAUGGAUCUAUGAACGCUCUGCCCACAAUGGAGAUGUUGGGUGUUGAGGACAGUGACGUCAGCACUGAAGAAGCCCUCGAGACCUUUACUAGAAGGGUUGAACAAUGGGAUUCUCAGGAUAUCGAAAAGGUGGCCAACGACAAGUACGGGCAAGCCGGUGUGAUUUGCUAUACGCCUGAUGAGUUCUUCGCAAGCGAACAUGGUAAGAUCAUGUCGCAAGAACCCUUAUGGACAUCGACUCGUGUGCCAGCACCGAAGAAGACUUGGCCCGAAGCUAAAGACACUGGUCGCUAUAGUCCACUUACUGGCAUCAGAGUCUUGGAACUAUCUCGUGUCAUCGCAGCUCCAGCAGUAUCCAAGAUCCUCAGUGUUCUCGGCGCCGAUGUCAUCCGUGUCUCCUGCAGCAGGCUACCAGAGUAUUCGGCAACAAUGCCGGAUCUUCAGACUGGCAAGAGAGACGUUGACAUCGAUCUUAAGACAAUUGAGGGGCGGCAAACACUCUCUGAGCUUAUCAAAGAUGCUGAUAUUCUUGUUGAUGGAUACCGUCCUAGUGCCUUAGCGAAGCUGGGCUUUGACUCCAAGUCUUUACGAGAGUUGAGCCCAAGUCUAAUCUAUAUGAGGGACAAUUGUUAUGGUUUCAGGGGGCCACUGUCGUACCGCUCGGGGUGGCAGCAGAUUAGCGAUUGUUCGGUAGGGCUGUCAUACUUACAGGGCAAGUUUCUUGGUCUCGACGAGGCUGUUGUCCCACUUUUCCCCAACUCGGACUAUCAGACAGGAUUAGUCGGAGCCGCGGCUGCCAUUCGGGCAUUAUUAGCCCGCACCCAAGAAGACGUCACCUUUGACAUCGACAUUAGCCUGACGCAGUACAACAUCUGGUAUUAUCGUCUCGGCUCAUACUCAGAGGACCAGCAGAAGGCUCUUAGAAAUCGUGACCCGCAGUUCAGCCCUCGCCAUUACGAUGAUACGAGUGCGCUCGUUGGAAAGACACACCCGUCGCUGCAGAAGAUUCGCCCAGAGAUAUUCAAGCAUCCUGAGUACUUCUGGGACAUGAGUGGCGAGGAAUACGGAUUGGACGAGGACUUCAGAGUGCUGGCACCUGCAUUCAAGUUUGAGAAGUCGAGUAUUGGUUGGGAUGUUCCUACUGGACGAAGAGGGCGGUCGAAGGGCGAGUGGGUAUCAUAA